AUGAUAAGAACUGAUUCUUUAGUUAAUAAGACAAAUUGCCUAAGUAUAUUUCUAAUCAUUUGUGUUUUUAUUGCUCUCACUCCUCCAUAAAAAACCACAAAUAAUAACAGCUUCGAAAUUUUUGAAGUCGAAGUGGAUGACUUCGAAAUUAAUUACUUUUUAGAGUAUGAUAUUAUUUACAAUGACACUGAUCAAUUUGGUCUAGAAACUGUUCAAAAUUGGUUGCCAAUCCAAUCUGAGUUAGCUCAACUUAAUUUGGCUUUAGAUUAUUUUUCUAGGUUAAAUUUAGACAAACUAAUUAAAUAACACAAUGAAUUCCAGGUCUAAGUAGAUAAAUGUCUCUAAUUGUCUUUGAAUUAAGAUCUCGAAAAUUUUCUAAAUAAAUUUAAUUCCACUAUCAAUAAUGAUAGUUAAAUAGCUGAUUACAUGAGCAAUUUGUUGAACAAAAGAAAUCAAUUACAUGAACUCUAUAUGGAAAGAAAGAAUGAUUUGGAGAAUCUCAACAAUGAGGAGAGAAUGUUAAAAUCAUUAAUAAUAGAAUAUUAGAUCAAUGAAUAAGAUUCCACUUUUUUGUAUAAGAAGAUUAUCAAUUUAAAAAAGUUGAAGUAAACUAUUGAGGAAUCCAAUAAGGAAUUAGAAAAUAUGAAUGAGAAAAUCAAUUAACAAAAAUCACUUGGAGAAGAAGAAGAUUUAAGUGAGUAUUACAAGAAAGAUCAAGAUCAAGCUAAAAAGCUUAGACAAUUAUUCAAGCCAGCAGGUACAAAAUCAGUGGAAAUACAUAAUGAAAAAUUGUAUGACCUAGUCAAUGUGCUGGAUUAAAAUAUCAAAUAGUAUUCAAGUCCAACAGAGGUAUAUUUCAAUGGUUUGAACUUUUCUCCAGAAUUGAGAAGGAAUGCUUUGGAGGAACUCUAACUUCAAUAUUAAAAGUUGUAGAGUAAAUUUGAAUAGCAAUUAAAAAAUUAAGAGGAUUUAGAAAGAGAAAUUGAAGAACUUGAAAGAUAGAAGAAAGGAAAGGAGAAGAGAUAUGCUGAUGUUUUGAAUAAAUUAGAGAUAGUCAGAAAUGCUUAGAGGAUUGUAGAGAAAGAUUAUGACAUUGUGAAACUAUAGAUAGAAGAGAUUACUAAAGAAAUCAAAAAUAUUAUGCCAAUAAAUAAUAUUGAGAAUAAUCAAAGAUUGAAUGUACAAUACUAAUAUAAAUAAUAUAUUUAUGAGCAUUUAGAUUAGGAUCAGAAGUGCGUUGAAAAAUGUGUCUAAUAUGAUUCAUUAAAUUAAUAAUUUUAUAUGGGAAGAUAUAAAUAAUCUUUGUAUUUGAUACAGAGACAUUUUUAAGAAUUGGACAAACUUUUCAAUGAAUUCAAAAUAUGA